AUGGCAGCCUCCAUCAACAAAAUCAAAGAUCAGGCUCAACGUAUUCGAAGAUUAGUUGAUCAGAGGGAGCAGAUAAUGAUAUCAGAAGUAUUUUCUGCAUGUGAUAUCAGAAAAAAGCAGGUGGGGGCUAACAAGGAAACCCUUGAACUUCACCAUGCAUCCUUGCACAGUGCAUGCAAUUUUGCUCAGGAACUUCUCACAAAUGGUUCUGCCUCUGACAUCAUGAUUCACACUAAAGCUCUGACAGAGAGAUUAACAGCCAUGGAAAAAAUGCCAGUGCCAGCUCCAGACACACCAACACAGAUUUCUUACAGCCCUGGUAAGAUAUCUCGUGCCAGACUGGACGCCAUGUUAGGACAGGUGAAAAUAAAGUCAAAGCCUCAUAGACUUUCUAGCCUGGAAGAAAAUCUACCAAAUCCAAGAUCAGCACCACAUCUACCCUUUUUCUUGGAGAAGGCAGGAUGUAUGCAUUCCUUCAAUCCUAAACUCAAAUAUGAUAAAAGUAUGUCCGUAAGUGGGCUGGCCAUAGAUGAACAACAUAUGUAUCUUGUAGAUAACAGUAAUAACAGAACAAAGGUAUUCACACAUGAAGGGCAAUUCAAGUUACAAAUAAAGCUAAAUGGUCCAUUUGAUGUGGCUGUGUCACAGAAUGGUCAACUGUAUAUAACAUCACUGGGUGACCAGUGUGUCCAAGUGUACUCAAUCAGAGGUCAGCAAGUGACAACCAUGGGUCAGGGUUUACUGGGACGUCCAUAUGGUGUAACACUGAACAGACAAGGUCAUGUGAUGGUCUGUGACAAGGGAAAAAAAUCCAUCUUCACAUUCCAUGCAGACAGUGGACAGCUCCUGAACACUUUUCCACUCAGUAUGUGUAAACUCCCAAUGUACAUCACAGUGAACAGUGUGAAUGAAAACAUUGUGAUAUCAGACUGGGGCAAUGACUGUCUGUACCAGUAUGGCAACACAGAAGGCAGUGGUGUUGGUCAGCUGAGGUUACCACGGGGAGUGUGCACAGACAGCUAUGGUCACAUCUUCAUUGCUGACAAUGGUAACCACAGGAUAGUGGCACUGAGUCCACAAGGACAGUUUACCAGAUACAUUGCCACUGAGGAGGAUGGGCUGAAGUAUCCCAGAGCAUUAGCCAUCAACCCUGCUGGUCAGCUGGUGGUUGCAGAGGGCAGGGGUCAAGUUAAGACAUUCCAGAAUCUACAAUAA